GUCCCAGCCUGUGUGCAGCACUGCUUACUAAGAUAAAUAAGAGCUGACACCCCUGUCCUGUGGAAUUUGGAAUCUAGAGCGGUGAUCCUGCCCAGGGACCCAUGUAGACAGAUUCUUCAAGAAAGAAAAUUGGAAGCCAGAGGAAGAGACCGGUGGAGAGAAGCUGCAGGUAACCAAAUAAACGGGUCAUGGCACGCUUAACGAAAAGGCGACAGGCGGAUACAAAAGCUAUCCAGCAUCUUUGGGCAGCUAUUGAAAUAAUCCGGAACCAGAAGCAAAUUGCCAAUAUUGACCGCAUUACAAAGUAUAUGUCUCGAGUCCACGGCAUGCAUCCAAAAGAGACCACACGUCAACUGAGCUUAGCCGUCAAAGAUGGUCUUAUUGUUGAAACCCUGACUGUGGGGUGUAAGGGAUCAAAAGCUGGUAUUGAACAAGAAGGAUAUUGGUUGCCAGGAGAUGAGAUUGACUACAGUAUGCAGCCUUUCUCCCAGACAACAGCAAAAAACAAGGACUGGGAAACAGAAAAUCAUGACUGGUAUUGUUUUGAAUGCCAUAUGCCUGGAGAGGUGUUGAUAUGUGACCUGUGUUUUCGUGUGUAUCAUUCCAAGUGUUUGUCUGAGGAGUUCAGGCUUAGAGACAGCAGUAGUCACUGGCAAUGCCCAGUUUGCAGGAGCAUUAAGAAGAAAAACACAAGCAAGCAAGAGAUGAGCACCUACCUACGUUUUAUUGUCUCUCGUAUGAAGGAGCGGGCUAUAGACCUGAACAAGAAAGGAAAGGACAGCAAACACCCAAUGUAUAGGAGGUUGGUGCAUUCAGCUGUUGAUGUUCCUACUAUACAAGAGAAAGUAAAUGAAGGAAAGUACAGAAGUUAUGAGGAGUUCAAAGCAGAUGCUCAGCUGCUUCUACACAACACAGUGAUUUUCUAUGGAGCGGACAGUGAACAAGCUGAUAUUGCUAGGAUGCUUUACAAAGACACAUGCCAUGAGCUGGAUGAACUGCAGCUUUGCAAGAACUGCUUCUAUCUGUCAAAUGCACGUCCUGACAAUUGGUUUUGCUAUCCUUGCAUACCUAAUCAUGAGCUGGUUUGGGCCAAAAUGAAAGGUUUUGGAUUUUGGCCAGCCAAAGUCAUGCAAAAAGAGGACAAUCAGGUCGAUGUUCGCUUUUUUGGCCAUCACCACCAAAGGGCCUGGAUCCCCUCAGAAAACAUUCAGGAUAUCACAGUUAAUAUUCACCGGUUGCAUGUGAAGCGCAGCAUGGGCUGGAAAAAAGCCUGUGAUGAGCUGGAGCUGCACCAGCGUUUUCUUCGUGAGGGGAGAUUCUGGAAGUCUAAGAAUGAGGACAAAGGGGAGGAGGAGGCAGAGUCCAGUAUCUCCUCCACCAGCAAUGAGCAGCUGAAGGUUACUCAGGAACCAAGAGCAAAGAAAGGACGACGUAAUCAAAGUGUGGAACCCAAAAAGGAAGAGCCAGAGCCUGAAACUGAAGCAGUAAGUUCAAGCCAGGAAAUUCCCACAAUGCCUCAGCCCAUUGAAAAGGUUUCAGUCUCAACACAGACCAAGAAGUUAAGUGCCUCUUCUCCAAAAAUGCUGCAUCGGAGCACCCAGACCAAUAAUGAUGGAGUGUGUCAAAACAUGUGCCAUGACAAAUACACCAAAAUCUUCAAUGACUUCAAAGACAGGAUGAAGGCUGAUCACAAGAGAGAGACUGAGAGAGUUGUGAGGGAGGCAGUAGAAAAGCUACGUACAGAGAUGGAGGAGGAAAAGAGGCAGGCUGUAAAUAAAGCUGUAGCCAACAUGCAAGGAGAGAUGGACAGAAAAUGUAAGCAGGUGAAGGAGAAGUGCAAAGAAGAGUUCUUAGAAGAAAUUAAGAAGCUAGCAGGUCAGCACAAGCAACUGAUCUCCCAGACCAAGAAGAAGCAGUGGUAUCUAUUUUAAGGAAAUGAACAUUCCCCCCCGGAGUGUACUAUACCAAGUGAAAUGCACACAAAAACCACUUGCAGGAUGCCAAAAAACAGCAAAAAGCAACAAGAUGCAGACUUCAGAUGCAUAUUUUGUCCCCUCUAUCAUGUUUGCUGACCCUUGCUCGGAGAAUAAUACAGAAGUUUUUCAUCUAAGGUGUGUGGGGAGAUGCACGUAAAGGGAACCACAGGAUCUCCAUCCACAGAUCUAAGUUGUCCUUCCCUUUUAACUCUAUUCAUGUAGCUGAUUGAGCAGCUAUAAACCUGGUCUCUGGGCAUGCUCCGUGCUGUGUAGAGAGAUGCAGCUGUUCCAUGUUCCUUUGCAGCGGAUGCUUCUAAUGCCUUCCAGAGCUCCUGGAUAGCCAGCUUCAGAAAAGCCAGGAGCACGGCUCUAGAGGAUACUCAUUUGCAGAUGCUGUUAGAAAUCAACUUCCCUAAAACUGGUUAUAAAAAGGAAAGGGGAAGGGUUCCAUAUGUGACUUCGGUUUUUCCUUUACAGCUGAUGGAUAUAAAAGGUUUUGCCAGUACGAAGUCUUUUCUUGCAUCUGCCUUUUAGGAGGCUGUAGGGCUUGUGAAAAAAAUUGUUUCCAGCUUAAUUCCUCAUCUUAUAAAAAUAUCAUAAGCAGAUAGGACAUUGCUAAGACUGAAGGAAAGAUUUCAUAACAGUCUUCAGAUACUUGAAGGGCAGUUGGAGAGAGGAUGCAGAUAGGCAUUUUUCUGUGGCCCCAGGAGACGGGACUAAGAGCAAUAGCCUUAAGCUGCAGCAGAGGAAAUUUAGAUUGGAGAUUGAGGAACUUUCUGACUUGAGCAGGGGCUGGACCAAAUGACUGGGUGAGGUCCCUUGCAGCCCGACUUUCCAAUGAACCUGUAAAAGAACUCGCUGAGUUUUGCCCGCGGCUGUGACUUGUCAGCUGCCCGUACUGACUGUGCUGGAUGACGACUCCUGCUCCCACUCUCACAAAGAGAUAUGUCUCUCUAGGUUUUCAAAAGUCCCCUCUGAUUUCGGGCCCGCCAGAUUCAGAAUGUCCGACCUGAACUUGCCAGAACCUGAUUGCCAGAGAAGAAGUUAAGCCCUUCCAGCUCCUCGGGUAACAGGGUGUGUUAAAAAGAAAUGUUAAUGCUUUUGAGGCACUCAGGAUGGGGGCAUAUGAGGAAGACAGUGUUUCUUUUCUUUCCCUCCUAUCGGCUCCUCAGUUUUAUUCUCAAUCUUCUGCCCUCUCAAGUUGUUUU